AGUAUUAUGUCCCAGUCCAAAUAGGCUAAGUCAGAAUUUAAUGAUUUAAAACUGCAUCUUUUAUAGUUAAGACGAAUAGGGGUAGUUUCGGGAGUGGAAGAGGAAGGACUAGAAGUGAGAUGUAAACUGAAGCUGACACUGAGAUGGUCAGAUGAGGCAAGAGGUGGACAGGCUUUGAUUUUACUGACUCCGAGAUUGGCAGAAGAGAUAACAAGGUCGAGAAUAUUGGACGAGGUUUUGUGAAUUCGGGUGGGGAAGGAAACAUGC